AUGGCUAUGGCUAUGCAACAACAGAAUGCCUACUUUGCUAGGGUGGAUGCUGAGAGAGCUACAACUGGUGUAGCAAGACCAGUUGGGUCACAAGAGAGUCAGGACUUGGUUGAGUUCCACAAGUGUCAUCCUUCACAAUUCAAGGGUGAUGCAGACCCAAAGGAGAAGCUGAGUAUUGGUAGAGGGGCACUCAUCAGAUAUUGUUGGCCAGAAGAGUGGCUGUUGAUUGGGAAUGCUUCAAGAGAGUGUUCCUCAAGAAGUAUUUCCUUGAGAGCUAUCUUUGAAGCCUGGAAGUGCAUAAAGUUUGUAGAAGUUUUAAAGCAUGAGCUGAAGAGGGUGGUAGUGUUUAUGGCUAUCACUGAGUUUCCGGUCUUGGUUGAGAAGGCGAAAGUUGUUGAGCGGUUAGAAGGUGGCAACCAAGUGAUGAAGACUACUGAGGGACCAGCGGGGUCCAAGAGGGGUAGAGCCAGAGGUGGGAGUCAGAGUGGAGCUGCCACUCUUAGAUGUUACAGGUGUGGUGGACCCCACUUCAUUCAUGAUUGCCCUCAUACCGAGAGCAGGUGCUUCAGGUGUGGCCAGAUGGGUCAUGUGUCGACUAGUUGUCCUAUAGGUGCCAGACAGACUAAGAGUGCUUCGAGAGGUGAUAGACCUACUACAGCUAGGAGGGUUUUUGCCUUGACCGGAGCUAAAGCUUCCACUUCAUCUGAUCUAGUGAAGGGGAAGGGUAAAGCUACUGGUAAGGAUGUGAUGAUUUUGUUUGAUUCAAGAGCCUCCCACUCCUUUAUUUGCUAUGCUUGUACUGAGAGGUUAAGUCUACCUGUGUGUGAUUUGGGGUUGAGACUGCUUGUGUCUACGCCCACUUGUGCUUCUGUUGUUGCUUCUGAGAUGUGUGAUAGGAAGUAUAAGGUGGAGGAUGAGUUAUUGAUUUCAGCUAGCCAAGCUGAAGUGUUGUUGAGGGAUGAAGUAGAGUGUUGUAUUUUGCUUGCUGCGAUGAGUGUGGAGACCUAA